UAAAAUUCUGCAGCAACUACAACCUCCCGGUUGCGUCAUUGUCAAAGGAUUUAGAGCUACGGAGGCGGAAAACGAACGCUACAUUAGGUUGUCAGAUAACGGCCAGGUCAACUGCAAGGAAGCUUUACAAAACCUUCAUAAAUAUGUUGCAGAAGAAAAAAUAAACACAGAAGCUGAUGUGGUGGUAGUAUUUACGGGAAGAAAAAUGUUUCGUCAGCUUCCUGGUCACCGCCGAACAACUGCAUUAGGAAUAACUUCUAGAAAAGCAGCGUGUACAAAGAAGAAUGUUGUUCUUGUUGCGGACAAUGAUCAUCAUGGUUCUGGCCUUUUAGCUGCUGUUCACGAACUAGGACAUACCCUAGGCUCUCCUCAUGAUGGCAGCGAGACCUCAACAAGUUGCCCAGCCGGUGGUGGAUAUAUAAUGAACCCUUAUCUUUAUAAACAAAAACAUGUUUACUCAAAAUGCAGCAAGGCGGCAAUGAAGACAUUUUUGGCCUCAAGCGGUGCCAGCUGCCUGUUCCGCCGUAGAUGUCCAGAACCUGCCAGCACUGCUGAUCAGGAACGAGACGAGAAGCUGAGAAAUGCCCAGUGCUUAAGCAAAGUCCGCGAAAACGAGGAGUUUUUGAAUGCUACGGUGAUUCACUCGUGCACAUUGAGUUGCUACGUAAUUCUGCUGGAAACGAAAGAGGUGGCAUCGUUCGAAAGAAGUGCUCCAGAUGGAAUGCGCUGUGACGAAAAUGGAGAAUGUAAGGAAUGCCAAGGAGGAAUGUGUAAAUUUAUCGUGUGAAACAUGUUUCUGAGUUUUAGGAACC